AUGCAAGCUGCCGGCUUCGUCGCUGUCUUGGCCUCCGCGCUGCUCUACGGUUCAUACUUUGUGCCUGCCAAAAAGUAUGACAUCCAUGACGGCCUCGUUUUCCAAUGGUACCAGUGCAGCGGAAUCAUGCUCGCCGGUCUAAUGUGCGCUGCUGUGCGGAACGUCUGGUCUGACGACUUCCGAAGCUCCGGCUUCUACGUUGCCCCAGAGGGCCUGAUCUCGGGUUUCCUGUUUGUGAUUGGCAACAUUGUCGCCACGUUUUCCGUGAAGGCGUGUGGACUUGGGAACUACUACACCGUCCACGAGUUCACGAACCUGGGCAUUACUUUCGUCAUCGGCGUCUACGGGAAGUACAUGGGAGUCAAUGCAACUCCGCCCCGAGAGGUGGGCGUCGCAGCCAUCGGCUUUCUCUUCGUUCUGAUCGGUAUGAUGCCGGUGAUGUUUAUGGAGAAGGAUGUGCCCAAUGUCCCAUCGCGGAGGGCAUCACCAAAGUCAGCUGUGGACAAGACAGAGCUGCAAUCCCACCCAACACCUUCCCCCUCGAAGCAGACGGUCCUCCCGCUGACGGAUUCGAAGCGAUCCUUGACCGAGCUCUUUGAGGAGGCCAAGGCUACGAUUCCAGAGAACGUGGAAGGCGAAGUUGGACGGAACGACUCCAGCGAUGGUGUCCAGCGAAGCUCACUGGCCGACAGGAUUACUCGGCCUGCGAAGCUCUUGAUUCCCGACUUCAGGCAGAUGAAUUCCCUCACCUGGGACGGUACACUUGGGCGACCCCAAUUCGGCGAUGAGCCGCUGAGCCCGCCCCUGAGCUGCCUCGGCGACAUGAGCAUGGUCGCCAAGGAGGUGUCCGCGAACGAGUUUGAGAUUUCUCCGGCCUCGGAGCCUUUGCUCGAGAGGCGCCUGACGGACAACAGCGGCUUCUACCAGUGGAUGGGUGGCCUCGCGCUGGCGCUCCUUGCAGGAGCGUUGUACGCGGUCAUGUAUGUGCCGCAGCUGCUGUGGAAGACCCGUUUGCAGGAAGAAGGCUACAUUGCUUCGGGCCUGGACUACUUCUACUCCCUGACUGUUGGAGUUUAUCUGACCUCCACGGUGUGGCUUCUCUGUGGUGGGGCCUACCGAAGGUACUUGCGACAGACGGUCGAGAAGUCCGUUCUUCGACCGGCGCUGCUUUCAGGUCUUCUAUACGGCCUUGCUGUUCUAUGCUUCCUGUACAGCAUGACUGUGCUACCCUUUGCCAUUGGCUAUGCGCUGGGCUGCGGGGGUGCUUUAGCUGUUAGCUUGCUUUGGGGCGUGCUGGCCUUCGGCGAGGCGGCCAGCAUGCACAACCGCCGGUGUAUCCUGUGCUCCUUCUGCGGGGUCUUCACGGGAAUCGUCCUUUUGGGCGCUGCAGCCUAG